AGCAGAGGGGAUCUCUGGGAUAGCGGUGCUCAUGACAACCAACAUAAACAAGUUUCAGUAGCUAUGUUUAUGCGUUGGUUUCACAAAACAGGGUGCUAAACCCAAGGACAGCUGCUGUCAUUGCUUUCUGUGGGGACCAGUACUAUGAAAUAGUUGGAUCUAUUUAACAAAGCAUGGACGAAAGGUUUGAUGCUUGAAUAGAAUUUCCAGAUUCAUGGCAGCGAGGCAGAUAAAAGGGAGAUGUAUUACAUGGCCAUCCUCGGGGUGAUUCCCCCUUCCCACAUGCCAGGGGUUUAUACCAACCAUCUGUAAUCUUCAUGGGUCGACAGACUUCCAGAGAGUCCACGGCUGAAGAUGCCACCAUAAGUGUACACUUACUAGAAGCCGAGCAUCAUUCGCCCCAAUCAUCGCUCACGUGCCUCGGAACACCGGCAAAGUGGCCUUUUGAAGGACUCCAAAGUUUCCAGAGAGGUUGUUGCCGACAGCGGAGCGCGUUUAUCAGAUGACAUUUCAGGCUCAAACGAUUCCCCCGACGGCUGUAAUUUGAGUGACAAACAUGAAAGGGUGGCGGCAGUGGUUCCAUCCAGCAUAACAGUGUGCCUUUUGGAGGUGAUUAACAACCUCCUACACCUCGAGUGACCUUGACGAGGCCUGAGAAGAAUAGCCUAUCAUCCCAGCAAUAUCAGCCAUAUGUCUGACAGGAAUUCACCUGCAGAAUACACUCGGUAGAGGGUCUGCCCACCAGGAUAGCAUAAAAAAAAUAAGGUGGAGAGAGUCCUGCAAAGAUCACCGACUCAAACUGACUUGGGAAAAUAAUCUCAAGAUGUGCCAGAGAGGAGUGAACACCUCAGUAUAUCCAGUUCCAGUCGAGCUGUCAGUGACCAGGAGUGGGAGUGACCUGUCAAUCUCCCUGACGGAGUUUGACCUGGCUGAGGUACCAAAGGUACCGCAGAAUGUGGUCUAUGUAGACGGCCAUAGCAGGCGGACAGACAGCCCACCAGAGGAGUGCUACACGCAGGGACAGGGAUCUCCACAGCAUCAGCAUACACAGUCAAGAAUCACUUGACACUCCAGAACCGAGGAACAGAUCUGAACCAAGUAGAGAAUCCACGUCUUAAGAAAUGCCAUCGGAGAGCUCCUGUCUCCCACCUGACGCUGCUCCUCUGUGGGAUCCCUGGUUCAAGCACACCCUUCUGCUGAAGGACCACCGUGUCCUCACCACCGAGCGCCUCGUCCAGCUGUUCACUCCACUGCUACUGCCGCACAAUGCCUCCUAUAGCACCAAGGCCAAAGUGCUGCAGAGGACACUUUUGUCCCGUUCCAGUGAGGAGUGUCCCUCGGUGGAGGUGGCGAGUGAGUCGUCAUCUUGUGGCCUUCCCUCAUUCCCCUACGACAGUGAUGUGGAGGUCCAACCAGUCAGACCUGCUCAGGAGCACCGCGCCGCAGGAAUGCAAGGACUACAAAGUGGUGAAGAGGACAGCCAGGACGAGAGCCCCGUGGAAAGUAUUCCUAUUGGAGAGACGACAAAAGCAUAUCAGCUGCUUAAACAGUCUGCCAUGCAGGAGAGGCAGCAGAGCUCUGGAGACGAGGAGGAGAAUCUGUCAGAUAAGGGGAAUCAUCGCCCACACCACCCCACCCCACACUACCCCUCCAGCCAGCCACUGUGGCCUAAUCAUCGGUCAACACUGAGCAUAUGGCUCACCGUCCCAUAAAGAUUUGUUACUAGUGUCGUAUAGAGAAUAUACCCACCGUGUGUACAGAUUUUUUGAGUCAGUGCUUUUCCUCUUCAUCCAUUUACAUAUACAGUACCAGUCAGAAGUUUGGACACACCAACUCAUUCAAGGGUUUUUCUUUAUUUUUACUAU